AUGCGGUUUUCUACUAUGUUCACUGCCCUCGUGGCAUGCGCUUCCACCACUUCAGCCGCCAUCAACUGGUCCCUAGAAAAGGUCUCCAACCCAUCAGCCGACCAAGCCGAUGCCUACAGCCGCAUUGAGAAUGCCAUGCGCCUCGCAGCAGCGCGAUACAACCGCUUGGGUAGAGCCACCAAGACCAUUCGCGUCUCCUACGUUCCUGGCGUCCCUACAGCCGAUGCCAACUUCAAUGGCAGUCUCCGCUUCGGCUCCAACAGAUCUUACAUGAGCGAACGCACCGCUUUGCAUGAGAUCUCUCACACCCUUGGAAUUGGCCAGACUGCGGCUUUUGAUAGAAAGUGUGCUGCGAAUGACUGGCGCACAGCGACUCCCCUGCUUCAAUCUUGGGAUGGUGCUGGCGUUCGUAUCAACUGUGGCGGAGGACAUAUUUGGCCCUAUGGUCUUAACUAUGAUAAUGAGUGGAGUGAGACAAACGCCAAUCGACAUGUUCAGCUUGUCAAUGCGAUGAUAGCUGAUGGCCUUCAGGGCUGA